AUGAAAGCAUACUCUCUUUUAAUACUUAACAAAGCAGGUGGUCUUAUUUAUCAAAAUGAAUUAUCUCCAGGAUUAAGCAAACUAACAGCUAAUGAUUACUUAGUGUUAGCAGGUACUUUACACGGUGUUCAUGCUAUUGGAUCAAGAUUAACUUCAAGUAUACAUACUGGAAGUUCAAAAUCAAAUACAGAAGAAUAUAACUCGUCUCAGAAUUCCAUUGUUUUAAAUACAGGUAAAGCUGUUAGUCCGAAUAGUAAUAGAUCUGGUUUACAAAGAAUAGAAACUGAUUUAUUUAAUCUUUGUAUAUUCCAAUCAGUUAGUGGGUUAAAAUUCAUAAUCAUAACGGCGCCGAAUUCAGGUAGUUAUGACAACAUAGAGGAAUUGUUCCGUCAAUUGUAUAUUGUCUAUUCAGAUUAUGUUAUGAAAGAUCCGUUUUAUUCAUUGGAUAUGCCUAUUAAAAGUUCAUUGUUCGAUGGGAAGGUUAGAGAAUUGUUUGCAUAA